CCCGGACAGAGGAGAGGAGGAGGAGGCGGAGUAUGGGGAGUGGAGAGGGGGAGACCGGAGACCUCGCUCAUCAUUACCGGAGACCUGGCCGCCUGAAAGCCCAGCCGCGGGGACGCCUCUCCGCUCGAGGACGACCCUCCGGACGGCGCCGCUCCUGAGACCCGGCACCAUGAUUCCUGUGAUGGAAUUCCGUCAGUUCUCUGAACAGCAGCCAGCGUUCCGGGUCCUGAAGCCGUGGUGGGACGUGUUCACCGACUACCUGUCCGUGAUCAUGCUCAUGAUCGGCGUCUUCGGAUGCACUCUUCAGGUAAUGCAAGACAAAAUCAUAUGCCUUCCUCAAAGAGCAUCCUUGUCUCCAGAGAACACAAGUGAAGUGGAAAUAAAAUCACUGUUACAUCUGCAAUCCAACGCCUCAGCAGCCCCGAGAGAAAUGACGGGGCUAAAAACUGAUCUGGAUCUUCAGCAGUACAGCUUCAUCAAUCAGAUGUGUUACGAGAAGGCUCUGCACUGGUAUGCCAAGUACUUCCCCUAUUUGGUUCUCAUACACACUCUAGUUUUUAUGGUGUGUAGCAACUUCUGGUUUAAAUUUCCUGGCUCAAGCUCCAAAAUAGAGCAUUUUAUCUCAAUGCUCGGCAAGUGCUUCGACUCCCCCUGGACUACUCGAGCACUGUCAGAGGUAUCCGGGGAAAAUCCAGAAGAAAAGGACCAUAAAAAGAGCGGCACUUCAAGGUCCAACAUCGCUGUCUCUCCUGGAGAAGGCAGUUUGGAGAAGACUCAAUCCCUUCGCUCAAUACCAGAAAAGAUUGUAGUUGAGAAGCCCUCGGCAAGUGUUUUGGAUAAAAAAGAGGGGGAGCAGGCAAAAGCUCUCUUUGAGAAGGUGAAGAAGUUCCGCUUGCACGUCGAGGAAGGAGACAUCCUCUAUCUUAUGUAUGUUCGUCAGACUGUAUUCAAAGUGUUCAAGUUCCUCCUGAUCAUCGUCUAUAACAGCUGUCUCGUAAAUCAAGUGCGGAACAGAGUGCGUUGCGAAGUGGAGAUCCAGGAUAUGACCGGCUACAAAGACUUCGAGUGCAAUCACACCAUGGCUCACCUGUUCUCGAAGCUCUCCUACUGUUACCUGUGCUUGGUGGCCGUCUACGGGUUAACCAGCCUGUACACCUCCUACUGGCUGUUCUACCGCUCGCUGAAGGAGUACUCCUUUGAGUAUGUGCGGCAAGAAACCGGCAUCAAUGACAUCCCCGACGUGAAGAAUGACUUUGCGUUCAUGCUGCACAUGAUCGAUCAGUACGACCCUCUGUACUCCAAGCGAUUUGCGGUUUUUUUGUCCGAGGUGAGUGAGAACAAACUGAAACAGCUUAACCUGAACCACGAGUGGACGGCGGAGAAACUGCGACAGAGACUCCAGACUAACCCCAACAACCGACUGGAACUUCAGCUCUUCAUGCUCCCUGGCCUGCCCGACACUGUUUUUGAGUUGACGGAGCUUCAGUCGCUCAAGCUGGAGAUCAUCAACAACGUCACCAUCCCAGCCUCGAUCUCUCAGCUGGAGGACCUUCAGGAGUUGUCCCUUUACCAGUGCUCCUUAAAGCUGCAUACAACAGCUACCUCCUUCCUCAAAGAGAACCUGAAAGUGCUUCGAGUCAAGUUCGACGACAACCGGGAACUUCCAAACUGGAUGUAUGGCCUACGCAAUUUAGAGGAGCUGUACCUCACCGGGUCACUCAGCCCCGAUGCCUCCAAGAACAUCGUUCUUGAGUCUCUGCGAGAGAUGAAGUGUCUGAAGACGCUUUCGCUCAAGACCAACUUGACCAAGAUUCCCCAGUCAAUCGUAGAUGUUUCCAGUCAUCUGCAGAGGCUAUACCUGCAAAACGAUGGCACUAAGCUCGUGAUGCUCAAUAACUUGAAAAAGAUGGCUAACCUGAUUGAGUUGGAGCUUGUACGCUGCGAUCUGGAACGCAUUCCACAUGCGAUCUUCAGCCUCACAAGUCUCCAAGAGCUCGAUCUCAAGGAAAAUAACCUUCGAUCUAUAGAGGAGAUUCUCAGCUUCCAGCAUCUCCGAAAGCUCACGUGCCUCAAGCUGUGGUACAACGGCAUCAUGUACAUCCCGGAGCACAUCAAGAAGCUCGGCAGCCUGGAGCGCCUCUACUUCAGCCACAACAAGAUUGAGAUUUUACCUUCACACCUGUUCUUGUGCAACAAGCUGCGCUACCUGGACUUGUCAAACAACGACAUCCGGUUCAUCCCGCCAGAAAUCGGAGUCCUUCAGAGUCUGCAGUACUUCUCUGUCACUUGCAAUAAAAUUGAAAACCUACCAGACGAGCUGUUCUUCUGCAAAAAGCUGAAAACGCUGAAGCUUGGCAAGAACUCGCUGUCCAUACUCUCGCCAAAAAUCUCCUACCUAGCUUUGCUGACCUACUUGGACCUCAAAGGCAACCAUUUUGAGCUGUUGCCGCAGGAGCUGGGGAGCUGUCGGGCUUUGAAGCGCAGCGGCCUCAUGGUGGAGGAGACGCUGUUUCAAACCCUGCCUUCAGACGUCAGGGACCAGAUGAAGGCCGAGUGAGAAGGUGCCUUGCUGCGUCGCCACAGUGCCUGCUGUUUGCUCUGCCCGUCACUUCAGGGCGCUUCUUUAUCGGAGGUCAUUAUCAUACCAAAGUAUUACACUACUGGUAACAGAGGUUUAUAACUUACUUUUAUUUUCCUUUUGUAUCUGUUAACAUAUUGUCACAUUUUGUGUGGUUGCAACAGAGACCGACUUUUAUUUAAUUUAAUGUCUUUUUUUAAGGGAAUAGAUCAAUAUUUUGCUUCCAUUUUCAGUGUGUAAUCAUCAAUGAACAGUGCCAGGCCAACUCUUUACCUUGAUGCAAACUAUCUGCUUCACACAAAGCCAUGGAUGUGAUUUAAAUCUACUCCAGUGAAGAGCUAAGAAAAGAAAUGGAAGCCAUAGCUGUAAGCAAAAAUGACAUAUUUUCAAGUGAAUAAGCAAAAACUUUUUACACGACAACGCAGCUUGGAGAAACUUGAAAACACAAGUUUUUGACAACAGCGCCCAAAGUGGAAUUGUUUUCUCCAUGCAGGCGGUGGAAAUGUUGCGCAUGCACACACAGCUGUAGUAAAUCGUUGUUGGUUCAUAUGGACGUCCGUUACUCCCAUUGUCAGUGUUUAUAGUGUUUUGUUCUCUGCAGCAUGUGUGCUAACAACAUUGUUUUCUGUGUUUCUGGCAUUCCUGUGUAAACGGACAUCGUUUUCAAAAUGCUGCUGUGUAAACGUGGAAAAAAAACCCCUGCAGAAACCGUCCAUUUUGAAUUGAAACAUCGCAUACACAGUGUCUGGAUUCCAGACUUCUUAGUGUUUUACAGAUAUUACACACUACUGUUAACAGCAGAUGGAAUCCACAGGAAAACCACACUCAGUCUUCUUUUAUUAUUUCAAUUAGUGUGUCUUGAAAGACAAUAACAGUUAAUUUCAUCCUACACUUAUUUAUUUUUGCUAUUAUCCAGAGCUAAAAGGGAAAAAAAAUCAGGAAAACAGCAUCUCCCUCCCUGAUUCCAAGAUAUUUCCAGUUGCUACUUUUAAAGUGCAUUAAACCUAACGUACUAUGCAGUAUCUAUUUUUUUUGUGCUAUCAAACAUGCACUAGAAAUGUGCACCAGGUUAAAUUAGUGUAUUUUCAUAAAUAAUAAUGUUAC